AUGCGAAACACGUCCAGGUUCUGGAAGGCGGCAGCCAACAAGACAGUGGUUCCUAAUAAUGAGGAGAUGAGAAGUGACCAAACCCCUACUUCUCCUGGCUCAGGGCUGCCAGACAACCAGGACCUGCUGCUGAUGCAGGAAGGCAUGCAGAUGCGCAAGGUGAGGUCCAAAAACUGGAAGAAGCUAAGAUACUUCAGACUUCAGGAUGACGGCAUGACAGUCUGGCAUUCUCGGCAGAUCGGGUGGCGUGCCAAGCCCAGCUUCUCAAUCUCUGACGUGGAGACAGUGCGUGAGGGCCAUGAGUCUGAGUUGCUGCGCGGCCUGGCAGAAGAGUUCCCGCUGGAGCAGGGCUUCACUGUUGUCUUCCAUGGCCGCCGCUCCAACCUGGACCUGGUGGCCAACAGUGCCAAGGAGGCCCAAAUCUGGAUACGGGGGCUCCAGCUGCUGGUGGAUGUUGUCACCAGCAUGGACCAACAGGAGCAGCUGGACCAACCUGGAUGGCUGAGUGACUGGUUCCAGCGUGGAGACAAAAACCAGGAUGGACGGAUGACUUUCCGAGAAGUUCAGCGGUUACUGCGCCUGAUGAAUGUGGAAAUGGACCAAGAAUAUGCCGUCCAGCUUUUCCAAGCAGCAGACAAGUCUCAGUCUGGGACUCUGGAGGGAGAAGAAUUUGUAGAGUUCUAUAAGGCAUUGACUAAGCGGCCUGAGGUGGAGGAACUGUUUGAAAACUUUUCGGCUGAUGGGCAGAAGCUGACCCUGCUGGAAUUUGUGGAUUUCCUUCGAGAGGAGCAGAAAGAAGGAGACCGAGCUCCUGACCUUGCUCUGGAGCUCAUUGACCGCCACGAGCCUUCAGAUAGCGGCAAACGGCGGCACGUGCUGAGCAUGGAUGGCUUCCUUAGCUACCUCUGCUCCAAGGAUGGAGAUAUCUUCAACCCAGCCUGUCGCCCCAUCUACCAGGAUAUGACACAACCCCUGAGCCACUACUAUAUCAACUCUUCUCACAACACCUACCUAGUGGGGGACCAGCUUUGUGGCCAGAGCAGCGUUGAGGGAUAUAUUCGGGCCUUGAGGCGGGGGUGCCGCUGCGUGGAGGUGGAUGUCUGGGAUGGACCUAAUGGGGAACCCAUUGUUUACCAUGGACAUACCUUGACCUCUCGCAUCCUGUUCCAAGAUGUUGUGGCUACAGUAGCUCAGUAUGCCUUCCAGACAUCAGACUACCCAGUUAUCUUGUCCUUGGAGAACCACUGCAGCUUGGAGCAGCAGGAGGUCAUGGCACACCAUCUGACCGAGAUCCUGGGGGAGCAACUGUUGAGCACCACCUUGGAUGGCCUACUGCCUAUCGAGUUGCCCUCACCGGAGGAGCUUCGAAGGAAGAUCCUGCUCAAGGGAAAGAAGUCAAGGACACUUGAAGAGGAUCUUGAGGAAGAGGAGGAGGAACCAGAGCAGAAGCUGGAGAUGGAGGCCCAGUCCGAGCCUAAGCCUGAGCCUGAGCCCCAGGAAUUGAGCCCUCGGAGUAAGGACAGAAAGGAGGAGGAGAAAUCCAAGCCCAUGUUGUGUCCAUCCCUCUCUGCCUUGGUUGUUUACUUGAAGAAUGUCCCGUUCCGCAACUUCACUCAUUCGAGGGAGCACUACCGCUUCUAUGAGAUAUCAUCCUUCUCUGAAGCCAAGGCCAAGAGCCUAGUCAAGGAGGCUGGCAAUGAGUUUGUGCGACACAACACCUGGCAGCUAAGCCGAGUAUAUCCCAGUGGCCUAAGGACAGACUCUUCCAACUACAACCCCCAGGAACUCUGGAAUGCAGGCUGCCAGAUGGUGGCUAUGAAUGUGCAGACUGCAGGGCUCGAGAUGGACAUCUGUGAUGGGCUCUUCCGCCAGAACAGUGGCUGUGGCUAUGUGCUGAAGCCAGACUUCCUGUGUGACACCCAGAGUUCCUUCCACCCUGAGAGGCCCAUCAGUCCUUUUAAGGCCCAGACCCUCUUAAUCCAGGUGAUCAGUGGUCAGCAACUCCCCAAACUGGACAACACCAAAGAAGGGUCUAUUGUGGAUCCACUGGUGAAAGUGGAGAUCAUUGGCGUUCGUCCGGACACAACCCGACAGGAGACCAGCUAUGUGGAGAACAACGGUUUUAAUCCAUACUGGGGGCAGACAUUAUGCUUCCGGGUCCUGGUGCCUGAACUCGCCCUGCUGCGUUUUGUGGUAGAGGAUUACGACUGGAAAUCCCGAAAUGACUUUGUCGGUCAGUACACCCUGCCUUGGACCUGCAUGCAGCAAGGCUACCGCCACAUACACUUGCUCUCCAGGGAUGGUACCAGCCUCCACCCAGCUUCCAUCUUUGUGCACGUCUGCAUCCAGGAAGAGCUAGAGGAGGCUGAAGGCUGAAGUGGGCACAUGACGUACAGGAUGGUGCACCGGCUUUAGAUGGUGAGGAAAACGUGGAAGGAUGCUCCAGAGGGCAAACAGAGGUGGUGAAAAAUCAAGUUUUGGAUUGUGAAUCAUUCCUAGUCUCAAAAUUACCUCCGCCAAACAAAUCUAGGGCCUGCUCUUACAUCUUUUCUUUUCUCGUUUUCACACAGCCUACAGCAUCUUUCCUGCCCUUUCUCUUUGUGUACUCUAUACUGGAGGUCCCUCCUUCUUGCCGUAGCUCUAUCCCUUACCUGGAUCUAGGACUAAUCCUUCCCAUGAACCCUCAAAAGUAGACUGCAACUAGAAAUCCAGAAAGGCGCCUGGACUGAGAAACCCAAAGAGAUAUUAUCCCCAUCACCUCUAAUUUCCUCAAGCCCAGAGCCAAGGGAAGGAUGAAUCAAGACUCACGGCUCCCCAAGCAAAGGCUGGGGAAGAAGAGCUGACUACAAAACUACAGCAAGAACUCUCGAGAACACUGCACAGCCCUCAGAAUCCCCACUGGGCUGUUUCUCCCCAGCCCAACCUAUAUAAACAGAGCUUCU